UGUUUUGGGGAUUGGAACAGGGCGAAGAUUGCUACUCGUUUCUUCCAGAAAGACCUAGGAAUUCGGGUGUUUUUUCCCGGUUGGAGUACUUAAUUGCACUGACACAUAGACAAUUAAAGAUGUCUGCAUUGCUGAUUUUGGCGAGUGGGGCGGAGGAAAUGGAGACGGUGAUUCCAGCCGAUGUUUUACGGCGAGGAAAAAUUGAUGUGACAAUAGCUGGUCUUAUGGGAACUGCGCCUGUCACCUGCAGUCGUAAUGUUGUCAUUGUCCCUGACAAAAGUCUUGAAGAAGCAGAAAAGAAGGGUCUGUACGAUGUUGUCAUUCUUCCUGGUGGAGGCGAAGGGGCAAAGAAUCUAGCUGAGUCAUCUAAAGUGGGUGAGAUUCUGAGGGCACAUGAGUCUGCAGGGAAGAUAAUUGCUGCUAUCUGUGCAGCACCCACAGCACUGUUGAGUCAUGGCAUCGCAAAAGGCAAAAUACUCACAUCUCAUCCAGCAGUCAAAGAAAAGAUGGAGGCAGAUGGAACUUAUAAAUACUCCGAGGACAGUGUCGUUAAGGAUGGCACACUGAUUACCAGCCGCGGGCCAGGUACCGCUUUCAAUUUCGCCCUGGCACUGGUCGAGGCACUGAAAGGGAAGGAGGUAGCGGAGAGCUUGGUGUCACCGAUGAUACUCAAAGUAUAAAGGUGAUGAUACAAUUAGGCCUUUGUGGCCAACGUUUCUUUGCCAUAAAAACACUAUUCUCAAUCAACUUCAAGUGGUGCUGCUUUCUGUAGUUGAUGUUCACUCAUUAUCACUUUUUACAGUUUUAAAAGUUGUGCACAAUAUUAAUUAGAUCGGUGGUUAUGGUUUUUUUAAUAGAUGUAAAAGGAACACAGUGAUAGAUAAUUCAAAAAGUAAAAUGUAAAGAUCCUCAAAAUUGCACGGUUUUCCUUUUACGUCGGUCAUCUUGUGGAGUCAAAA